AGGGUAACUAUAAACUAGACUGUGUUCCAGGUGGUGUAUGCUGCCACAUCCUCGCUCUGCAGCCUGAAAACUGUUCUGGAUGAGUCCUGCGUUUGCACCUGGAGCAGAAUAAGUCACCUGCCAAAUCCAAGAUCCUUGAAGCAGAAACAUGCUGGUCCUUCAGAGCUCCAGAACCAGGUGGUUUUGCAAUGGCACUUAGAGAAGGUGCCAACCAAAUCCCGGAGGAGCAUCAGUAAGUGGCUAUGCUGACCCACAGCAAGGCCAUCAGAGCCUGGAAAAUAGAAGAGCAAACCUGCUGGAGGUCAUGGUGUUCUCCCUGCAUGGUGACACUGCUUGACGAGUUAACAGGGACCUGCAAGGUGCUGGCAUUGUUUGGAGCUUGAUGGAGAGGCUGGAUCAGCCCAGGGUGACUGUGCCCAUCCCCAGCUGUACCCAGCCUUUGCUUUGGGGGCUGCCUGUUCAGCUGGAAAGCACGGCGCUGCUGGAUGACGUUUUCCUCUCCUCCCACUGAAUCAGCCUUUUAUUUACUCUUUGGAAUGCAAAGUAACAGGACACCCUAUUUCAGGGCUCGCCUUCCUCCCAAACCUCGGCUCUGCUCUCAAGAUGCUGUUGUGGCUACACUGAGACAACGCGAGGAGGAGGUGGUGACAGCUUUUAUUGGAUAAACUGGUUCCAGCGGGAGCAAGCAGAGGCUUUGCGGCUGACUGCUGCCAUUGCGUGCGGGAUAUGAACAACCUGGAUGAAGGGGUGGAGUUCCUCCCUGCCAUGAACUCCAAGAAGAUGGAGAAGCGCGGCCCAAGGCGGCAGGUGGUCGUCACUGUCCUGAUCGUUGUUGUUCUGCUUGUCUCCCUCACCACUGGCCUCCUGUUUUGGCACUUCAAAUAUAGGAACACACCUGUCCAGAAGGUUUUCAAUGGCCACUUGCGGGUUCUGAACUGGGAAUUCCUGGAUGCCUAUGAGAACUCCAGCUCUCCAGAGUUUAGUAUGCUGGCCAAGAAGGUGAAGAGCACGGUGGAGGAGAUCUACAAGAAUCAUGCUGAUAUUGGUCCUUACCACAAAGAGACAGUAAUCACUGCCUUCAGUGAAGGCAGUGUCAUUGCCUACUACUGGUCAGAAUUCCUUGUGCCCAAAUACCGGGAAGAGAGGCUGGACAGGGCAAUGGCUGACAAGCAAAGCCUGGUGCAGAGGUGGAACCCCCGCUUGAGAAACCCCAUGCUGAAGGUGGAGUCAGUCAUUGCUUUCCCUGUGGACCCCAGCAUAGCUCACUCUGCCCGGGACAACAGCUGCAUGUUCUCCCUUCACGCCAAGGAAGGGGAGGUCACCAGUUUCACCACGCCGGGCUUCCCCAACAGCCCAUACCCCAACAAUGCCCUCUGCUACUGGGCAUUGAGGGCAGAUGCCAGUUCCAGCAUCAGUCUCACCUUCAAGACCUUGGAGCUGGAGCCAUGCAGAGAUGACAGUGACUACAUCAAGGUGUACAACUCUCUGAGCCCUGUGGAGCCCCACGCCUUGGUUAGGCUUUGUGGGAAUUAUGCCCCAUCCUACAACCUGACCUUCCUGUCCUCCCAGAACGUCAUGCUAGUCACAUUGGUUACCAACAAGGAGGGACGAUUCCCUGGCUUUAAGGCUGAGUUCUUCCAGCUCCCAAAGAUGAAAGCCUGCGGUGAGACCCUGAAGGGAGACAGUGGCACCUUCACAACUCCCUAUUACCCAGCACACUACCCCCCAGACAUGGACUGUGUCUGGAACAUUGAGGUUCCCUCUACAAAGAAUGUGAAGGUGCGUUUCAACAUGUUCUUUGUGCUGGAGCCUGGGAUCCCAGUCAGCUCUUGCACCAAAGACUAUGUGCAGAUCAACGGCACAAGGUACUGUGGGGAGCGCUCCCAGUUUGUGGUGGCCAGUACCACCAACAAAAUCGAGCUCCGGUUCCACUCGGACCAGUCCUACACAGACACAGGUUUCUCUGCGGAGUUCCUGUCCUACGACUCCAGUGACCCCUGCCCUGGCAAGUUCACUUGCAAUACUGGCCGCUGCAUCGACAGGAGCAUGCGCUGUGAUGGGUGGCUGGACUGUGUGGACGGCAGUGAUGAGAGGUCCUGCACCUGUACCGAGCAGCAGUUCAGGUGCCGGAACGGGUGGUGCAAGCCCAGGUUCUGGGUCUGUGACAACGUGAAUGACUGCGGCGACAACAGCGAUGAGCUACAGUGCAGCUGUUCAGAUGACAGCUUCAAGUGCGACAACGGGAAGUGUAUCCCCAGCACACAGAAAUGUGAUGGCAAGGACGACUGUGGGGACGGGAGCGAUGAGGGCAGCUGCAGCACAGCAGGCCAGACCACAGUCCCCUGCAAGGAGUACACAUACAAGUGCCGCAGUGGACACUGCAUCAGCAAACAGAACCCCGAGUGUGAUGGGGAGCAGGACUGUGAGGACCACUCUGAUGAGGACAACUGCAACUGUGGGCUCCGCUCCUACGUCAGGAAGUCACGGAUUGUUGGUGGGCAGAACUCGGACGUGGGAGAGUGGCCGUGGCAGGUCAGCCUGCACGUCAAGGGCCAGGGCCACAUCUGUGGGGCCUCGCUGGUGUCAGCAAGCUGGCUGGUGUCGGCAGCACACUGCUUCCUGCCAUUGCAAGGCAUCAGGUACUCAGAUCCCAGCUUGUGGACAGCCUACCUGGGGCUGACUGACCAAGGUGACCGCAGCAGCCCCAAUGUGCAAACCCGCAAAAUCAAGCGUAUCAUCUCCCACCCCUUCUUCAAUGACUACACCUAUGACUACGACAUCGCUGUGCUGGAGCUGCAGAGCCCUGUCACCUUCACAGCCGUCGUCCAGCCCAUUUGCCUUCCCGAUGCCACCCACAACUUCCCUGUGGGCAAGGACCUGUGGGUGACUGGAUGGGGAGCAACUGCAGAAGGAGGCACAGGAGCCUCUAUCCUGCAGAAGGCAGAGAUCCGGCUCAUCAACCAGACUGUGUGUAACCAGCUCCUGACAGACCAGCUGACACCACGCAUGAUGUGUGUGGGAAUCCUGACCGGUGGUGUGGAUGCCUGCCAGGGAGACUCUGGGGGGCCCCUGGUCAGUGUGGAGCCCAGUAGUCGGAUGUUCCUGGCUGGCGUGGUGAGCUGGGGCGAUGGCUGUGCCCAGAGGAACAAACCUGGGGUGUACAGCCGGCUCACAAGCCUGCGAGACUGGAUCCAGGAGCACACAGGCCUCUAGGGAUGGAUCCCUGCCUGGAGACCUCUUGGGCAGUGCUGGCUGAAGACACUUGGCAGUGCCAGCCAUGCACAGCCUCUACUGUGAACUUGAACCCUCCCUCUACCUCGCUGCGAGCGCCUGGGACUCCAUGUGCAACCAGAGCUGAUGGUUUGGUUUAGCCCUUAGUCUGAGAAAUCCAUGUUUGGAGAAGUUUCCCUUGGGGAGGGUAAACUAGUGCAGUUGCCAUGAAUAAUUGGAAUGAGCCAUCAUUCAAGAUUACAUAUAGCAAUAAACUUUAAAAAAAUCGAAUUUAAAAAAAGACAGUUUGUGUUUAGAGGCAAACUUUAUUGGACAAGUUCAAAAACAAGGUUUCAGCAUAUAUUCUAAGUCGUGCAUUUGUUUUCAAACAGCCAUCCAUACCCUUUCUCUGGUGUUCAGCCAUGGUGGGGGUAAAGGAAGGUCUUACCAUAGUUUCAGGGGGAUUCCCUUUGGGAUCCGUCCUUUGUCCCACACUGUGAUCUCCUCCUUCUAUCCUCUGUCCAGCUCUGCUUCUGGCAUGACCAAGUCCAGGACUGGGGGCCUGAAAGAGAGAUGUUGGACUGAAACACCACCACUCAUCCCAAGGGAAGCCAUGGGCAGAGUUCAAAGCCAUCACUCAUCCCAGAGAAAGCCAUGGGCAGGGCUCAAACACUAUCACUCACUGUGAGGGAAGCCACAGGCAGAGCUGCUGGCACAUGUGGAGAUCCAGAGCCAUUGGCAUCACUGCAUUGUGCCUUAACAUCUCACUGAGCUCAGCUGAUGCAGCUUCUGCUGAGCCCCAGGUGCCUGGAAUCACUGUGAAGAGCACAAGGGCUGCACUGAAUUCUUCCCGGAGUGCUCCCCACAAGGACAACAUCAGUCAGCUGUGCACACCAGCCUUACAUCUAUCUGACUUCUGUAAAGAAAAAUGUGACUUGUGAAUGUGCUGAUCUUCCUUUUUCCUCUGUAGUCUGUUCCUGCCCCAGCAAAGCACACUCCAGCUUAGUCCCUUCCUUACCUGUAAAUACAUUGUUUUGUAAAACUCUCAGAACUGAGAUGCUGCAAUAAACUG